GCAAAGCCUUCACACAUAUAUCUGGCUGAAUAUUAACAGUUAUUGAGUUCCUUGGAAAGAGGGAGCGAAGAGAGAAAGGGGGUUUGCAGAGCAGACUUCAUCACAAUCUUUCAAAGGAGAGGGCUGAGCUGAUAGUCUACUCACUAAUCAUAUCCUUCAGAUAUAUAUCGUAUCUCUGAGAUAGUUUAGUUUACAGUUGCAGAAGAAAUGUCUACCAUCAUUGUGGCACUCCUGGUUUUCCUGACUAUCCAUGGAGCCUCAGGUAUCAGUCCUAGAUGCCAAUGCCUCUUUAAGGAGAAAAGGCCAAUUGGACGUUUCAUAAGCACAGUGGAGAUUUACCCUGCAAACUCCUACUGCAAAAGCACUGAGAUUAUUGCCACUCUCAAGAAGGAGGGGCAAAAGAUUUGUCUGGACCCCAAUGCUCCAUGGGUCAAACAAGUGCUUAAAAGUAAAAAGAUUAGGCAGACACCUUGAAGAAUAUACCUUCCCUGAUUUGGCUAAGAUGGACAGAGGAUAGACACAUGGAAAAUAGGUAUAAACAAUCCUGCUUCUACACCUUCAAACAGAACCCAGUUUAUGUUCUAUAACUGCAGUCUGUGCUUCUGUUUUCACUUUACAGCACUUAACUGUGUUCUCUUACUAUUCUUGUCAACUAUCGGUGUUUGUAUUUCCUUAAAAAUAUAUCCUUAUAAACAUUACAUGUUCAUUUAAUACAUUGUGGGGAAAAACCUUAUUAACUAACGGUAAGGAGGGACUAGAUAGUGGGCAAUGAGGUCAGAGCGCAAUAGCAAGUCAUGAAAUGGGUUUAAACAUUUAUUAGAAGAGUUGGCAUUUAAUGGUUUGUUUUUGUUUGCUUGUAAGGUUUUUUAAGCAAUAAAGGGAUUAAUAGUAUUUUUUUUUCACAUUAGUACUGUCCCAUUUCUCCAUCUCUGAAUAUAACAUGCUAUACAUCUAAAACUCAUCAUACAGUAUAACUCACCAAAUUCAGUUUUCUUAAAGCAUAUUAAUAAAAAAUAAUAAGAGGAAGAGGAAGUCUUGCCUGGGAAAGUAUUGUGUUACAUUGAACCUUGUUUCUGUCUAGUUUUUUUUUUUUUCAUCCUUUUGCAAAGAUAUAAACACUGUGUGACUGUUACAUGUGCUGUGCUACAUACUAUACAUUUUGUCAAGGACAUUUUUGCUGUCUUUGCAAUGUCAGGAAAAAAAAUGUGGAAAAAUAUAUCUAUUCAUUCAUUUUCUUAACUGGUUGUCCAAUGCAGAGUCAUGGUGGGGCUAGAAUCCUGCCCAAAAUGUCAUAGGGUGAGAGGUUGACAUGUACACUCUGUUCAGGUAUAUCGUCCAUUGCAGGGUAAAGCAAAAAGGAGAAUUUCUUGGAUUGUGUCAUGUAGACUGUGGCACAUGGUGAGACUACAUUUUCAGUGGAAGGAGAUUGCCACUUCUUGGACAAAGAUGCAUACCAUUAGGAUUGUCUCAUUUACUGAAUACUUCUAUAGUAGCUGAAAGCCAUUCAAAAUUAAACAGUUUUUACUGUGCCCUUUUCAAGAAGAAUCCUUGGCCGGUGUAUAACCAUAGUCAGCUUCUUCUGAGCUGACUGCAGAACAACUAGUAUUUUAGUUUUGAACACAGUAACAAAGUUAAGAAUAAAAAAAUAUACUAUGUGCUUGUUUUGUAUCAUCACUGCUGCUUUGAAUAAAGGCUUAUGAAUAAAGGAAA